GGGGGGUCAGCAGGACCACCAAGAGGGGGGUCAGCAGGACCACCAGCUCUUUACUGUCAGGGUAAACCAUCUGAUUCUAUGUUGGAAUCAACACUUUAAGUCACAGGACCUUUACCUUGUGUGUGUCUCUGUGUGGACAGACAUGAUGGGAGCUAAUUCUUCCUGAUUCCUCCACAGAGUGGACCAGGAGAGCUCAGAGGGUCCCAGUGGGUCCCAGUCCUCCCAGCAGCAUCAAACCCACCUGGACUCCAUCUUUAUGCUGCUGGAGGAAGACAUCGUCACUUUUGUGAAGAACGAGCUGAAGAAGAUCCAGAAGGUUCUGAGACCAGAUUACCCAGAAUGCCCAGAGAGUCAGAGGGAGGGUGAGGAUGAAGAUCAGAGGAGGAGCAGAGAGGCGUUUCUGAAGAUCACACUGCACUUCCUGAGGAGAAUGAAGCAGGACGAGCUCGCUGACGGUCUGCAGAGCAGAAGUUCAGCAGGAGUUUGUAAGCGUAAACUCCAAUCUAAGCUGGACAGGAAGUUCCAGCGUGUGUUUGAGGGGAUCGCUAAAGCAGGAAACCAAACCGUUCUGAAUCAGAUGUUCACAGAGAUCUACCUCAUGAAGGGAGGGGCUGCAGGGGUCAAUGAUGAACAUGAGGUCAGACAGAUUGAAACAGCAUCCUGGAAACAAGACACACCAGAACCAACAAUCAGACAAGAAGACAUCUUUAAAACCCCACCUGGAAGAGAUGAACCAAUCAGAGCAGUUAUGACAACGGGAGUGGCUGGCAUCGGGAAAACAGUCUUAACACAGAAGUUCACUCUGGACUGGGCUGAAGGCAAAUCCAACCAGGACAUCCAGUUCACAUUCCCAUUCACCUUCAGAGAGCUGAAUGUGCUGAAAGAGAGAAAGUUCAGCUUGGUGGAACUUGUUGAUCACUUCUUUAGUGAAACCAAAGAAGCAGGAAUCUGCAGGUUUGAAGAGUUCCCGGUGGUUUUCAUCUUUGACGGUCUGGAUGAGUGUCGACUUCCUCUGGACUUCCUUAACAAUGAGAUCCUGACUGACGUUACAGAGUCCACCUCAGUGGGUGUGCUGCUGACAAACCUCAUCAGGGGGGAUCUGCUUCCCUCUGCUCGCCUCUGGAUAACCACCCGACCUGCAGCAGCCAAUCAGAUCCCUCCUGGGUGUGUUGACAUGGUAACAGAGGUCAGAGGGUUCACUGAUGCCCAGAAGGAGGAGUACUUCAGGAAGAGAUUCAGAGAUGAGGAUCAGGCCAGCAGAAUCAUCUCCCACAUCAAGAGAUCACGAAGCCUCCACAUCAUGUGCCACAUCCCAGUCUUCUGCUGGAUCACUGCUACAGUUCUGGAGGACGUGUUGAAGACCAGAGAGGGAGGAGAGCUGCCCAAGACCCUGACUGAGAUGUACAUCCACUUCCUGGUGGUUCAGUCCAAAGUGAAGAACAUCAAGUAUGAUGGAGGAGCUGAGACAGAUCCACACUGGAGUCCAGAGACCAGAAAGAUGAUCAGGUCUCUGGGAAAACUGGCUUUUGAGCAGCUGCAGAAAGGCAACCUGAUCUUCUAUGAAUCAGACCUGACGGAGUGUGGCAUCGAUAUCAGAGCAGCCUCAGUGGUCUCAGGAGUCUUCACACAGAUCUUUAAAGAGGAGAGAGGACUGUACCAGGACAAGGUGUUCAGCUUCGUCCAUCUGAGUGUUCAUGAGUUUCUGGCUGCUCUUCAUGUCCAUCUGACCUUCACCAACUCUGGAGUCAACCUGCUGUCAGAAGAACAAACAUCAUCAACACAGUUCUACCAGAGUGCUGUGGACAAGGCCUUACAGAGUCCUAAUGGACACCUGGACUUGUUCCUCCGCUUCCUCCUGGGUCUUUCUUUGCAGACCAAUCAGAAACUCCUACAAGGUCUGCUGACACAGACAGGAAGUAGCUCAGAGACCAAUCAGGAAACAGUGGACUACAUCAAGAAGAAGAUGGAUGAGGGUCUGUCUGCAGAGAGAAGCAUCAAUCUGUUCCACUGUCUGAAUGAACUGAAUGAUCGUUCUCUAGUGGAGCAGAUCCAACGGGCCCUGAGUUCAGGACGUCUCUCCACAGAUAAACUGUCUCCUGCUCAGUGGUCAGCUCUGGUCUUCAUCUUACUGUCAUCAGAAGAAGAUCUGGACGUGUUUGACCUGAAGAAAUACUCUGCUUCAGAGGAGGCUCUUCUGAGGCUGCAGCCAGUGGUCAAAGCCUCCAAAAAAGCUCUGCUGAGUGGCUGUGACCUGUCAGAGAGAAGCUGUGAAGCUCUGUCCUCAGUUCUCAGCUCCCAGUCCUCUAGUCUGAGAGAGCUGGACCUGAGUAACAACAACCUGCAGGAUUCAGGAGGGAAGCUGAUCUCUGAUGGACUGAAGAGUCCACACUGCACUCUGGAGACUCUCAGUCUGUCGGGCUGUCUGAUCUCAGAGGAAGGCUGUUCUUCUCUGGUCUCAGCUCUGAGCUCCAACCCCUCCCAUCUGAGAGAGCUGGACCUGAGCUACAAUCAUCCAGGAGACUCAGGAGUGAAGCUGCUGUCAGCGGGACUGCAGGAUCCUCUCUGGAGACUGGACACUCUCAGGGUGGAGCCUGCUGGAGUCAGAUGGUUGACACCAGGUCUGAGGAAGUAUUCCUGUGAACUCACAGUCGACACCAACACGGUGAACAGGAAACUCAGACUGUCUCACAACAACAGGAAGGUGAUAUAUGUGGAGGAGGAUCAGCCAUGUCCUGGUCAUCCAGAGAGGUUUGAGACCUGGGAACAGCUGCUGUGUAGAGAUGGUCUGACUGGUCGCUGUUACUGGGAGGUCCAGACCAGAGGAGAUGUUGAGAUAUCAGUGAGUUACAGAGGAAACAGGCGGAGAGGAGACAGUAUGUUUGGAUAUAAUGAUCAGUCCUGGAGUCUGAGCAUCUCUGAUGAUCGUUACUGUGUCCGUCACAAUAACAGAGAGACAGCCGUCUCCUCCUCCCAUGUCUCUGGUAGAGUAGCAGUGUAUGUGGACUGUCCUGCUGUCUCUCUGUCCUUCUACACAGUCUCCUCUGACUCACUGAUCCACCUCCACACCUUCAACACCUCAUCCACCCAGACUCUCUAUCCUGGGUUUGGGUUCUGGAUUCCUGGCUCCUCAGUGUCUCUGUGUCCUGUGUAGGACGGAGAGUCUCCUCCUGUCUCUCACUGCUGAUCAGCUGAGUCUGGAAAGGAUCACACUUCCAUAAAUAUGUCAUCUUAUUGUUAUGAACUAAUGAAUGAACUUUGUAUGAAAUAAUCCAGGAUGAUUGAACAGAUUCAUCGUGAACAUUGUAAUCUUCUUCCACUUCCUGUCCUUUAAAGACGGAAGCUGUGAUCAUGAAAUUGUA